AUGUCUGACAUUGAAAAAAAAAGAGCCAUUGAAGAAGAAACAGAAACAAAAGAAGUGUCUGUAAAGGAAACCAAUGAUCAUAGCAAGAAAAAAAGAAGAAGAAGAAAUUAUGAUGACUAUGAUGCAGAAAUUACUAAAGAAGAAAAAAAUAAAGAUAAUGAUCUCAAGAAGACUGGCGAUAAAGAAGUAGAUAUUGAUGACAUUGAAGACGAUGAUAAAUUGGAUGCAGUAUUAGCCAAAGAUCAAGAUGAAGAUGCAUUGGAAGAAAUCGAUACAAGUAAUAUCAUUACUGGUGGUAGAAGAACUAGAGGUAAGAUUGUUAAUUUCAAAGAGAUUGCUAAGAAAUUAGAUGAAGAAAAAAAGGAUUCUCAAAAGAAGGAUUCUUCAAAAGAUGAAGAUGAGGACGAAGAAGAAGAUGAAGAUUUCAAAGCAGAAUAA